UGCAUUCUUAAUUUAUUGGGAAAUCUAAGAAGUGAUAAUGCAGCUGCUGCCUCUGCUUUUGCUGACCUUCUUAGCCCUCAAAUCGGAAGCCGCUCAGAUUCUAGGCCUAUUCCAGCAUCCCGGCAAGAGUCACUUUGACUUCUUUAGACCCAUGUUCUUGGCCUUGGCCGAAAGGGGUCACAACAUCAGCAUGUACAGCUAUUUUCCGCUUGAAAAACCGGUGGCCAACUACACGGAUUAUGCGUUCCAGGGAAUGCCUCUACUCACAGACAUGGUGGACUUAAAGGCCUUUGAAACGGAAUGGAAGCCUUUAGGUCUGCCCUUCAAGGUACCCACCUUCUUUAUGAUCAACGACUGGGCCUUGAAAUCCUGUGAGGUGGCCUUUGAAUCCCCUCUGAUAGUCCAACUCCUGGAAUCCCCGAUUCGCUACGAUGUCAUUAUCCUCGAGCACUUUGUCAACGAUUGCAUGGCGGCUUUGGCUCACCUGCUGAAGGCACCUGUGAUCGCUCUGAGCAGCUGUGCCAUAAUGCCCUGGCAUUACCAGAGAAUGGGCAGUCCUGUGAUUAACCCCAUAAUGCCAAUGAAUUUUCUGCCCUACACAGAUGAUAUGGGUCUGAUUGAUCGGCUAAAUAACUUCUUCCACUUUCAUGUCGUGAAUGCGCUUUAUCAUUUGAUUACGGAACCAGCCACGGAUGGCCUGAUCAGCCGGAGAUUUGGGGAGGGAUUGCCGCCCAUCCAUGAGAUUGUGAAGAAUACGAGCUUGAUGCUGAUUAAUCAAUAUUAUGCGUUGACUGGACCAAGACCUUAUGCUACAAAUGUGGUGGAGGUGGGUGGUCUGCAGGUGGGACCGGAAAAGUUAUUGCCAAAGCACCUUUUAGAGCUCAUAGAACGUUCUCCCAAUGGCAUUAUCUACAUCAGCUGGGGUUCCAUGGUCAAUGCCAAUACCCUGCCUUCUGCAAAGAGAAAAGCACUUUUCCAAAGCAUUUCCCAGCUGAAUGAGUACAACUUUAUAAUGCGCUGGAAAACUGACAAUGAUUCCUCUCAACUAGAAGAUAAACCCAGCAAUUUGUACACCUUUGACUGGCUCCCCCAGCGAGAUUUGUUGUGUCAUCCGCAGGUGAAGGCCUUCAUCUCCCACGGAGGACUCCUGGGCACCACGGAGGCGGUUCAUUGUGGAGUUCCGAUGCUGAUAACACCCUUCUAUGGGGAUCAGUUCCUCAAUGCCGGUGCUGUGGAGCAGAGACGCUUUGGAAUCAUAGUGGAUUUCAGGGAUUUCGAUACGGAACACAUAACCAGGGGACUGAGAAUUAUAUUGGACAAAGGCUUUGCGGAUAAUGUUCGUCAUUCCACGGAGGCCUUCCGCCACCGUCCCAUUCCCCCCUUGGACUUGGCUGUCUGGUGGAUCGAGCAUGUAAUCCAAUCUGGCGGCGCUCCCCUCGUCCAGAGUCCAGCCAGGCAUAUUAAUUGGAUCGUCCGCAACUCGAUCGAUGUGUUCUUCUUGUCCCUGGGAAUCCUAUUGAUGUUUCUAGUCUCUCUCUGGAAACUGACCAGGUUGAUUGGAAGAGUAGUGGCUUUUGGUAGUAAAAGCAAAAAGCAAAAGCAACAAUAAAAAUCAUUAGUUGAGUAAACUGAAAAAAUUAUAAACUUUGGAGAGAACAAGUUUCACUUUUCAUUCGGAGAGAUAAUUGACUUCAUGGGGGAUUAUUAAUGGGAAGUAAACAAAUUAUUGAGUUCACUGAGAAGUGAAAAA